CCCAGAAGAGGAGGGUAGACUGCUCUGUCCCCCACACUCUCUGUGGGUGGGCCGCACGGGUGGACGGUCUUUCUCUCACUGCUUUUCAUUCCCUUCUCCACUUUCCAGCUCCCCGCCUCUCCCUCAACUUUGAGACAGCAUCCCCUUUCCAAAUAAUUCAUCUCUUGCUUCUCAGACCCCUAAAUAACGACAUAACAACAGCUACAACUUACAGACUAAGCGCCCAGGGCACCCCCCACCCCCCACACGGUGAUGGGCGCUUAGCCCGGCAAAGCCGCCUCCCAUGAGUGAGGUCACCAGGAGGGGUGGGGGAGGGGCACUGUGGGAAGGGAGUCUUUGCCGGGGGAGGGGAAUUCAGAGACAGACAUCCUAUGCUGGAAGGUACCCACCAUUGACCUGCAAGGGGGUGGAGGUAAGGGCCCUCCCUUGACUUCAGGAGGCUUCCGGGUCGCUACCGGGAACGCGCCCUGGCAAUCUUCCCGAGUCGAGGGGGCCCGAUCCCCACACUUUGGGCUCUCUGCCCACCCCGCCCUCUGGGCGGAGCGUCACAAAGACCCGCGGUCCCCAUGGCAACCCGAGGAACGCCGCGGUGCGAGGUUAGGCGCCCCCGGUUCCGUGCACAGUAGGCAGCGCUGCUCCGGGAGGCAGACCAUGAACUUCCAGGUGACAGGCCUGGGCCUGGACAAAAUGAAGCUGGACAGUCCCCAGUCCUUCCUGGACCAGGAGGAGGUGGAGGAGGCCGAGGAUGGGCAGCUGCUGGAGCCCGAGGCUUGGCGAACCUAUGUGGAGCGCCGCAACGCUCUGCAAGAGUUCCUGACCUCAGACCUGAGCCCCCACCUGCUCAAGCGCCAUCACGCCCGCAUGGAGCUCCUUAAGAAGUGCUCCUACUACAUCGAGAUCCUCCCCAAGCACCUGGCUCUGGGCGACCAGAACCCACUGGUGCUGCCCACCACCAUGUUCCAGCUCAUUGACCCCUGGAAGUUCCAGCGCAUGAAGAAGGUGGGCGCCGCCCAGACCAAGAUCCAGCUCCUGCUGCUUGGGGACCUGCUGGAGCAGCUGGACCACGGCCGCUCCGAGCUGGAUGCCCUGCUCGAGUCGCCAGACCCUCGGCCCUUCCUGGCAGGCUGGGGGCUCGUGGAGCAGCGCCUGGCGGACCUGUCGGCUGUCAUGGACAGCUUCCUGGCCAUGAUGGUGCCGGGGCGCCUACACGUCAAGCACCGCCUAGUGUCUGACAUUGGCGCCACCAAGAUUCCCCACAUCCGGCUCAUGCUGAGCACCAAGAUGCCCGUCGUGUUUGACCGCAAGGAGUCGGUGGCCCACCAGGACUGGGUCAGCCUGCGCUGGUUUGUCACCAUCCAGCAGGCUGUGCCGGAGCAGUUUGAGCUGCGCUACAAGCUGCUGGACCCACGGACACAGCAGGAGUGCAUGCAGUGUGGCAUUAUCCCCGUGGCCGCCUGCACCUUUGACAUCCGAAACCUGUUGCCCAACCGUGCCUACAAGUUCACUGUCAAGAGGGCGGAGAGCUACACUCUGGUGUAUGAGCCCUGGAGGGACAGCCUCACCCUGCACACCCGGCCAGGGCCCCCCGAAGGGCUCGCCCCGAGUAGGCUGGGCAAGCUGGGCCUGUCCCUGACCACACCUUCCGAGAGAUGAUUUUCUAGUAUUUAUCCACUAAUAAAGAGGAGUAUAAACACA